AUGUCCAAGGCUCCGCGGUAUAUCCUCGUCUCGCUGCCAACGUCCAUCACCCCGUCCCACCACACCGAAGACGCACUCAAUGCGCUGAGAAGCACAAUCGCCGACGACGUCGGUACAACCUACCCAUUCACGAUUCCAACGUUCAAGAUCGGAACGCUAGAUGCGUUAGUGCAACAGGCGGAUGAUUUGGCGAAGCUGCAUACAACGUGUGAGGGCGUCGUGGGCAAGGUGGGGGAUAGCUUGAGAAGUCUCUUGGAUGGGGAUGACGACAGGGUGCGGCAGCAGAAGACAAUAAAUGAUAAGCCGGUGGAGCAGUAUCUCAGGAAUUUCCAGUGGAAUAAAGUCAAGUAUCGGGCGGAUAAGCCGAUAGCAGACUUGAUUGAUUCAUUGCAGAAGGAGAUCGCAGGCAUCGACAACGACGUCAAAGCCAAAGUCAACCAAUACAACCAAGUCAAAACCAACCUAGCAGCCUCGCAACGCCGCCAGACCGGCAACCUCGCCACCAGAUCCCUCACGUCAAUAGUGCAGCCCUCACAAAUAAUCCAAGACUCCGAAUACCUCGACACAAUCCUCAUCGCCAUCCCCAACUCCGCCGUCAGAGACUUCUACAAAACCUAUGAAACGCUAGCGCCCAUGGUUGUCCCUCGCUCCGCCACGCAGAUAGCCGAUGACGACGAAUUCACCCUCUUCUCUCUCGUAGUGUUUAAGAAGCAUUCGGCGGAAUUCGUGCACAAGGCUAGGGAAAAGAGAUGGACGCCGAGGGAGUACAAGUACAAGGAGGGCGGGAAGGAAGAGGAGGCGAGGGAGGUAGGGAGGUUGGAGAAGGAGGAGAGGAAGCUGUGGGGGGAUGCGCUGCGGUUGGCACAGACAGGGUGGAGUGAGGGCGCCAUGAUUUGGAUUCACGUGCUUGCUUUAAGGGUAUUUGUCGAGACGGUCCUGAGAUACGGGCUGCCGCUGGAUUUUGUGUGUGCUCUGGUACAGACUACAUCCAAACAAGCCAAAAAGGCAAAAACCAACCUGGACGCAAAUUACUCCUACCUUGGCGGCAAUGCAUUUGGCCGCGACAGCAAAGGCCGCAUCAAGAAGGACGAUCAGGCUCUGUCUACGGAACUGCAGGGUACCGGCCAUUUGGGCGAUCAGGAGUACUCUGCUUAUGUCUAUUAUGAGUUUGAGAUCGUAUAG